GUCCCAUGCCCGACUUUGGUCUUCAGCUGCUCUCUCUUGUACACAUGGAGACAACUUGAUUUUAGGAUAAACAAACCGAAUCCAUCUCAUUUUAACCACGUUUUUUGAAGAAUGUGUGAGUCUACAAGGUCUGAGUGAGUCUAAAGUCUACAAAGUCUCCCUGGGCUUCGUAUCUGCCACCUUGCAGAGAGUCAAACAUGGAGAAUGGAGUGCCGGCUGCUGCAGAAGAGGAGUGUUUAUGGGAAAAAGUGGACUGCAAACGCUACGAGCUUUGCUGUAGCAUCUCUCCCGCCAAACUCAUGCCGUAUCUGCGUCAGUGCAAAGUCGUGGACGAGCAAGACGAAGAUGAAGUCCUCAACUCGCUCCGCCUGGUGUCCAACGCAAACCGCACAAGCCGCUUGUUGGACAUCCUCCAAACCAAAGGAGAGCGAGGAUAUGUGGCUUUCCUGGAGAGUUUGGAGUUAUAUUAUCCCGAAUUGUACAAACUGGUGACGGGAAAAGAACCGACGCGCCGCUUUUCCACCAUCGUAGUGGAGGAGGGUCACGAGGGCCUGGUGCACUUCCUGAUGAACGAGGUGAUGAAACUCCAGGCACAGUCCAAAGCCAAGACCCUGCAGCACGCGGCGCUUCGGAGCAAGAACUGCACUUUAGAGGACGAGCAGAAGAAGCUACGGCUCGCCAACCAGGAACUACAGGCGUUUCAGCAGAGGUUCAAUAAGUUAAAAGAAGAGAGAAAUGCGUACAGCGAUGAGCUACUCCGAGUAAAGGAUGAAAACUAUAAACUUGCCAUGAGGUACGCCGCUCUGAGCGAGGAGAAGAACAUGGCGGUGAUGCGGAGUCGGGAUCUACAGCUUGAGAUCGACCAGCUGAAGCACAGGCUGAAUAAGGUGGAGGAGGAGUGUAAGAUGGAGCGCAGGCAGAGUCUAAAACUCAAGAACGACAUCGAGAACCGGCCCAAGCGAGAGCAGAUCCACGAGCUGGAGAGAGAGAAUGAGAUGCUCAAGAUCAAAGUCCAGGAGCUGCAGUCCAUCAUACAGCCGGGUAUAGUUCCCACUUCUGACAAAACCAUUCUGGACAUUCUGGAACAUGAUCGAUUAGAGGCUCUGGAGGAUCGGCAGGAUUUGGUGAACCGCCUUUACAACCUGCAAGAGGAAGUGAGACAGGCGGAGGAACUGCGCGACAAGUAUCUGGAGGAGAAGGAGGAACUGGAACUGAAAUGCUCCACACUUCAAAAAGACUGUGAAAUGUACCGCAACCGAAUGGACACGAUCACGAUACAAUUAGAGGAAGUAGAGAAAGAGAGAGACCAGGCGUUCCGAGCCAGAGAUGAAGCCCAGCACCAGUUUUCCCAAUGUUUGAUGGAUAAAGACAAAUAUCGGAAGCAGAUUAGGGAGUUGGAGGAGAAAAGUGACGAGCUUCAUAUAGAGAUAGUUCACAAAGACGCUAAAAUUAUCACACUGGAGUCUCGUCUACGGCGCCUGGGAAAGGAUCAUCUGCUGGAUCAAACGGACAAGAAUCUGACAUUACCAAGAGAUUUUGCACCAAAGAGCAUCUCAGAGGAGGAAGAGUUUAAACCCGCCCCGGGACAAUCCGAGUGGUCCAGCGAUGAAUCCCCAGAAGAGAGAUUAAACUCUGAGGUGCAACGGUUCAGGCGCAGACCCAACAUCAAAGCGAUGGUCAAAGACGGGAUCAGAGUCAAAUCACCGGUGUUUCAUUGCAAAGACCAGCAUUCUACUUCAGCAGCCAAUGGCGGUGAUUUCUUAGAGACGCCCAACAACAUCCGUAGCAUCUCCGCACCGUCGUCUCCCAGCAUGCCGAUCUCGCCGAUAUUCCCACCCACGUCUGCGCUGACGCUCUCCUCGUCGCCAAAGCCCCUCCCCUUCAACAUGGACAGGUGCAAUAUGUUGCGAUAUCGAACUGACAGCAUCUUGUCCACAAACCCCGAGCCGCCGGACAAGGCAUCGCUUUACCGCAGGGAGAAGGAAAAGGAGCAGGACAUUUAUCCACGUAGAUACAGUCACUCAGACUUUGAUAGCGACAACCAGGAAAUGGAUUUAGAUGAUGAGGGGCACCACGGUCCAUCUUCCGUCCACUCGUCGUCCUCCUCGCAUCAGUCGGAGAACAUGGACACGUACGACUUGGAGCAGGUCACUAAUAUCUUCAGGAAGUUGUCUCUAGAAAGACCCUUUCGUCCAUCUCUGUCCUCGAUAACCAGAAUCAGUCCAACUUUAAAACCGGUUCAGGAGGUGUCGCUGCUCGGAGACAACCUGCUGAGGGACGUCACACUAGUCGGGGGCAAUUCCAGCGGGAUCUUCAUCUCCUCUGUGCAGUCGGGCUCUGGGGCGGAGCAGGCGGGGCUCAGAGAGGGUCACAACCUUCUAAUGUUGGAAGGUCUUAUACGAGAAGAGAACCAAAGCGUCUCGUUGGACACCAGCACUCAGGAAGAAGCUCACUGGACACUACAGCACUGCUCCGGCCCCGUCAAACUGCACUACAGAUCCAACUACGACGCUUAUCGCCGUCUUCAGAGGGACAUCGCCGAAGGCACGUUGGCUUCUGGAGAUUCCUUCUACAUUCGCGCCAACCUCAACAUCUCCAACCAGGACAACUGCUCGUUAAAUGUGCGCUGUGACGAGGUGGUGCACGUGCUGGACACCCGCCACCAGGGGCGCUGUGAGUGGCUGUGCGCGCGGGUGGAUCCCUACACCGGCCACGACCUGCCCGAACGAGGAACGAUUCCAUGCAACUCGAGGGCUCAGCAGCUGCUCCUGGUGAAGAUACAGAAGUUGGUUUAUCGAGGCGGGAAAGAGGAAAGUGAAAUCACCCGCAGUGCACGAAAUAAUCUUUUGGCCGAAGACCCGGGUUCCACUUCAGACUUUAAAGCCAGUCCUCGUCUGUCCAAAGCUGGAAUCUUCAUCACACAGAUCAUACAGUUUGUGAGCAGGGUGGAUAUAAAGUACAAGCGCAUGAACAGCAGCGAGCGCGUCAGGCUCGUAAACUCCGGUGGCCCUCUGCCCAGACAAAGCUUUGAGAUGCUCCGACCUGAAGAUACUGCUGACCCAGACAAUGAGUUCUGUCGGAGUUUGAACCUCAUCCCCUACAGUCCAGUCACACCUCAGAAAACCCAGAGGAGACGACCGGUUUUAUUCGCCCCGAGCGCGUUAGCCAAAACCAUCAUCAACAAAAUCCUCACCACGCCAGGAGCAGCGGACUUCAGCAACUGUAAACCAGAGACUUUCACCAAAGAGGAGUUUCAGCUCAAAGAAAACGUGGAGCCUUUCGUUCACUACACAGAAAAACAAGGCGUGUACGAAUGCGUCACGAGAGAAAACAUCGAAACCAUCGCCGCAAAGGGCAAACACUGUCUGGUGGGGGCUGAGCUGAACUGCAUCAAAGACCUGCUGAGGAGAGAGAUUUACCCCAUUAUCAUCUACAUCAAGAUCUGUGAAAAGAACAUCAAGAAACUCAGGAAGUUGCCGGUGCGCGUGGAGGUGGAGGAUGAGUUUGUGAGGUCGUGUCGGGCCAAAGAGAAGGAGCUGGAGGGGAUGCCGUGUCUGUACGCCAGUCUGGAGCCCGACACGUGGAACGGGCUGGACGACCUGGUCAAGGUCGUGAAGGACAGGAUAGUGGAGGAGCAGAAGAAGACCAUCUGGGUGGAGCAGGACUUGUUAUAAAACCAUAUUUAUUUAUACUUAUCUCAAAAUAUUUUAUAAUCUGAACUGUAGCCUAUAUUUUGUAUAUUUGUAUUUUAAAUAAA